GGACGCGCCCCUAAAAUCAAGGGCCUUGAGAGAGUCUCCACACAGACAGCCACAUCACUGCGGCUCCAGCAUGUUGCGCGCCACCGCGUUCCUCUGCGUCCUCGCCGCGUGUUCUUGUGCGUUGCCGCGCUCCUGCGAACCCGGAGAUCAGGAUUUAGGAAGAUGCAAGGAACGAGUAAAAGAGAAAUUGCAGUGCACAGACAUGGUGCUGAGCUACUGCCAGGAUGUGCCUUAUAGUCAGGUUGUCUUCCCCAACCUCAUUGGGCAGCAGUCGCGACAGGAGGCCGAGGGGAGCACCGAGUACCUACUGCUUAAUGUGUUGCACAAUCUGCUAGGGGGCGAGUGCUUGCCCGAGCUACGUUUACUUGGAUGCUCUGUGCUGGCUCCGCGAUGUCAGAACCAUGCCAGAGUCAAGCCAUGUCGCAGCUCAUGUGAGGAAGUGAAGAAGAACUGUGUGCAUGCUUUUGACUCCAUCCGCAUGGCCUGGCCCUACUUUUUGGACUGUGAUCGUUUCUUUGCAGCUGAGGAAGAGGGCUGCCAUGACCCGUUGUCUGAGUUCAGAGCCAGGCAAGAUGUCGCCCUCUCCGGUAUCUCAGAUGGAGGACAUGCUACCGUUCUUCAGUUCACGUACCACACUAACGCUCAAAUGUUCAGCAUCCUGAAGAAGACGGCAGCCAAAUGUCCUCAUAUCUCCCGAACCUACAGCAUCGGCCAUAGCGUGGAAGGCAAAGAUCUGCUGGUCAUUGAGUUCUCCAGUAAUCCUGGACAACAUGAGCUACUGGAGCCAGAGAUUAAGUUGAUCGGGAACAUGCACGGGAACGAGGUUUUGGGCCGGCAGCUGCUCAUCUACCUAGCUCAGUACCUGUGCUCUGAGUAUCUGCUGGGCAACGAGCGCAUCCAGAGCCUCAUUAACACCACCCGCAUCCACCUGCUUCCCUCCAUGAACCCAGACGGCUAUGAGCUCGCCGCCUCUGAGGUAGCCGAUAGCAACGACCCUGAAAACACCAACCCAGAAGGUCACUUGUAUAAUGGCUGGGUCAGUGGCAGAGCCAAUGCUCAGAACAUUGACUUGAAUCGCAACUUUCCCGACCUGACAUCUCUUUACUACAACCGACGACGGUUCAUCCGAUUCCGCACCAACCACCUCCCCAUCCCCGACUCCUACUGGCAGAAUAAGGUAGCUGCAGAAACCUAUGCUGUGAUGAAAUGGAUCAGGUCCAUACCAUUUGUUAUAUCUGCCAGUCUACACGGGGGAGAGCUUGUCAUCUCUUAUCCCUUUGACUUCUCCAGACACCCUCAAGAGGAGAAAAUGUUCUCUCCCACACCUGAUGAGCAGAUAUUUAAACAGUUGGCCAGGACCUAUGCAGACGCUCAUGCGACAAUGGCCAGCAAUGAGACACAGAGAUGUGGAGGCUUAUUUUCCAGCAGAGGAGGCAUCACCAAUGGAGCUCAGUGGUACAGCUUUGCUGGAGGCAUGUCAGAUUUUAACUACCUGCACAGUAAUUGUUUGGAGCUGACAGUGGAGCUUGGUUGUGAUAAAUUCCCUGCUGAGGAAGAACUUUACCCGGAGUGGCGCAGGAACAAGGAAGCUCUUCUUAGCUUCAUGGAGUCUGUCCACAGAGGAAUAAAAGGCAUUGUGAAAGAUAGAGAUGGGAAUGGAAUUAAAGGUGCCAUCAUAUCUGUUAAAGGGAUACGGCAUGACAUCACUACAGCUGAAGAUGGUGACUAUUGGAGACUGCUGAUUCCGGGUGUCUACAUUGUAACAGCCACAGCUUCUGGCUACUCUAAAGUAGUGAAGCGUGUCAGGCUGCCUCACACCAUGCAGAAGGCGGGCCGUGUGGACUUUGUGCUAAAGAAGGAGCCAGCAGAACCUGAUCUUGACUACUUAUCCAUCCCUGACCUAGAUAAUUACGAUCGCUUCGACCCCUUUAACGAGUUCGAGCAGCACAAUGAGCCGUAUCGUGGAGAGAAUGGAGAGGAGAGGAGCGAGAAGCCUUGGUGGUGGGCAUACUUUAGUCAACUGGGGACGUCCCCUCCCACCUGGCUUCUCAGGAACUAUUAGCACCCUCAUAUUGCCCCAAACUGCCUCCUAUAUACAAGUUAAUGCACCUUAGAUUUCAAUUAAUGUCAGGAAGAUUUGAAAUAUGUAGUCUUCAUACAAUUCUUAAGAAAAAGUUUAUUACUUAAAAAAAAUCUAACACCUAGGUUAACUGGUUAAGACUUGCUUUACGACUGUACUGUACCUCAUAACUUGAUCUUGUGUUUGAAGCAGAGAUUACCAAACCCAUAUGAAAUUUCUAACGGAUUAUUUCAAUAAUUGAUGGCAGCUAGACCUUUGCUUGGCUUUGGUAAAAUGUUUGUUUCGUCAUGCAGGCUUUUUAUGUGCAGGCAUUAUGCCAAAUCCUAUGUAAUGUAAAAGGAACCCUGGAUUUUCAUUCAAAUCAAACCACUGGUAUGAAUCAAAUCUGUUUUCCAUCAGAACACAUGAGCUACAACUGCAAAUUGACUGGAAUAAUUAAAUUAGGUUGUAAAAAUCUGUUUCUUCUCAUUCAGUGCAGAACUUGUGUACAAUAAUAUUUUUAACUUGGAGAGCUAACAAUUCCAUUUGUUGACCAAAAAUCUUAAAGCAGGUCUAAUUUCUGUAAAUUUCUAAAUUCUGUAAACCCUGAUCUAUGUUUGAUCUGAUCUCACUGUCACAAGCCUUGUUUGGAACUAAUCUCUGGAACAGAUCUCUGCAUUGGGUUUUCAAAUCUGUAACCAAUUUGAAUUUACUUUGAGUCUGAGCUGGAAAUUAGAUGUAAGUUGUAAAUUAAGUCUGAUAUAAAAAUAAUUUGGGUCUAAUUCAGUAAUAAUAUAAAUGCACAUGUACUUAAGAAUUGUAAAUGUUUUAUACUGAACACUUCAACAUAGGAUUUCUCUUCUUUAGUAAGAAUCCUUUUUUCUGAGACUGUAGCAAACAAUAAAAAAAAUACAAAUAAAAAAGACCAAAAGUCCUGCAAAUGGCAUUGUGUUUAAUCUGUAUACCAGCCUAUAUUGCAUAUAACCUUUACUUUGGGUUUAAUCUAAUCUGUAUCUGAUCUCUAUGAUGGGUCUAAUCUGCUGCUAGGCUCUGUUGGGUCUAAUUUGUUUUUUAAGCACCACAGUGGUUUAAAUUGUACUUCUGUAGUUGUGAUCUGCACUGGGUCUGAACUGUAUUUGAGUUUUUUAUUGGAUCUAAUCUUAUAAUCAUUGAUCACAAUGUUGGGUCUAAUCUGUUUUUGGGCUAUAGACCUGGUCUCAUCUGUAUCUAAGCUCUAUGUUGGGUCAAAUCUAUAGCUACACUCUAUGUUGUGUCAAAUCUCCAUAACUGAGGUCUAUGCUGGGUCCUAAAUCUGUAACUGGUGUCUACAUCGGAUCAUAUUUUUAAUAAGGUUUUGCAUCGGAUCUAAUUACAAUCACUGGGGUUAUUUUUGGUUUAAUCUCUCAUGAUGAGGUUUACUUUAGAACUAAACAAAGGUUUACAAAGAUUUUGGUUAACAUUAAAUCUAGUCUCUUAUGAUUAUUUUGAGUCUAACUACAGUAAACAAAGGUUGGGUCUUUUGUGCCUAGUCUAUAAGAUUUAUUGGAAAAUGUAACUACUGCCCUGAGAAUGAUCUUCCUUAUCCAAAUGUUAGAUA